UUACAGAGGCUAUUAUUCAAUGCUUUAUAUUUCUCUGUCAAGGAAGAGGAAACAGUUUGUGGUUUCGUUUUUCUGCAAACCUGUAGUUUGAUCGACCCCGUUACGAUCAACAGACAAGAUGGACAAAGUCAUAUUUUUCUUCUGUGUGUUUUCAUGUUGGAUUAUGCAAAUCACAUCCAAUGAUGCGUCAGUGCGAGGGUCUUAUGAUGCGUUACCAGUUCAGAUGGGAGAAAACAUCAGUCUGAACUGCAGCAUGAUAGACAGACGUGAAGUCGCCUGGUAUCACCUCAAUUCUGAAAAACUAGAUAUGUUGAUUUCUGUGAAGAAAGACAGAACUGGAAGAAAUAUCCUGAAGAACUUUGAUAAAAACAGCCCUCGUCUGAAGCUUACUGCAGACACAAAUAUCACCAGAGUCUUUCUAGAGAUCUCUGGAGUAACAGAGUCAGAUGUGGGCUUUUAUUUCUGUGGAACAAAGUGUUUCACUCAAGAAAUGUUCUUCGACAAACCCAUCAGACUAGAGAUUGAGGGUCUUUCUGUAACAGAAAAGCCAAAAGAAGUUGACAUCACAGAUGACACAAACAAUAAGGGAUUGAUGCUCGGUGGUGUUGUUCUGGCUAUUGCUGUGUUUUUUCUAGCUACAGUCAUUGCAGGAGUUAUCAUUCACCAUCACGCCUGGCAGAAAGGAUGGAACGCAGCCAAACGCUCAUCUCUGAUUCGUCACAAUUCAGCUAAAUGACUCAUUUGUCUGCUUUAUUUUCCUGUCUGAGCAUUGCACUGUCAGCUAAACCUGAAUUACUGUUGAUUACUAACUAAAAUAGACAACUGUGUGCCCUAAAUGCCCAAAUGUUGACCAGAUCUUCUUUCACUUCUGAGAAACUGAGAUGUUUUGACAGAUUUCACCUUUUUGAGCCCCAGUGAAACAUUAAUUGUUGUGGUUAUUAUUCAGGUUUGUGCAGUUCAUCUGUGCUUGGUAAUAAUAUUCAGUUUAAGAGCUGUUACUGCUUCUGCAACAUAUUUUAAUGUCAAUACACAAUAUUCAAGCUAGAGUAGUAUGUCUUAAAGAAUGUUUACUGUAAUAUAGAGAUUGAGCCAAAAUCCUUACUAAAGAAAAACAAAACAAAAAACAGCAGCUGUCAUCUGUCACAGCCAAUAUAUAUGCUUUAAAAUCAUUAAACCAGCAGGACUAAAAAUAGUAUCUGGCUGCAUCUUUAGACAUGAUAUAUAUAUCUAGAUUAUUAUUAAUAUGUACAUGUAAGCUGUUUUCAAGAUACAAUAUAAAUGUGACUCUCUUCUAUGGCACAUACAUUUUGAUUAAAUUAAAAUGCGAACAUAUGUCUUAAUGUUCCAUGUAUGCUUUUGAGUUCAAAUAAACAGCAGUAAAACUGUGAAACUGUGUGUUUGUGCAUUUUCUGACACAAAACCAGAUCAUGCUAUUUCUCUUCAAACACAACCAUCUUCAAACUUCAAGGAAAAUGGGCUUCGACCCUUUUUACACA